AUGGCUAAGAACAACUUACGAAUUCACAAUGCCUUCUCAGUUCUUACUAAGAAUCAAUUGAAUGAGUUGGUCAAAUCCUUUCACAUAGAUCCUCGAUUCUGCCCUCAACUUCACUCUCUAAAUCAAACCAUCACCAACCCCCGACUAGGUUGUGUGGGAGUGUAUUCUAUCUUCUUCAAAUCAGGCUUGCAACUUCUAUCUAUUCCCUUAUUUGGGAUCAUCCUUGAUUACUACAAGGUCCAUAUUGCCCAGAUAACCACUACCGACUUCCUGAAGAUCAUGUGUUUCAUGUUACUAUGCAGAGCCUUAGAUAUUCCUCCUUCUCUUUCCUUCUUUCGAUACCUAUAUGUUCCCAUAUUUACCAAGGAUUGGGUCUAUUUCUCCCUCCGUUGUGGAGGGAUUAGCAUAUGCAACGGUCUUCCUUCUUUCAUCACAAAGUGGAAAGAAGAGUUCUUCUUUGUUUAUGCUUCAGCCAUAGCUGGUCACCCUGGGGAAUCAAUUAUAGGCUUGGCUAACCUAGGUAGUAAUUAUGGGUCUUCUGUUGCAACCACAGUCCCCACUUUAAGGGGCGAUAAUCUUACUCUGUUGGAGCGCCUUCGCUGGAAACACCGGUCCAAGACUGUAAAAAGGGGGAGCUCAUCCGCCACUAAGUCUGAUUCUCCUUAUGAUGUAGAUGUUAUGGGUGAGUCUGGGGAGAGGUGGGAUUCGACUAUCCAUGAUAGUCUAUUAAUAUCUACUGGUACCGCACUGUUAUCUUCUGAAAAUCUUCAUGGAAAACCUCCACCAGUUCCUACGUACCCCUCGUUAGAAAGAGCUUCUAGUGCUACUUUUACCAAACCUCCCAAGCGUAAGGUGAGACCUUCAUACUCUUCAUCCAUUGGUGUCGUUUUACCUGGAUCUUCCCCUAAUAAAAUGCGCACUUCACGCUCUUCUCCCGAUCAGGGCCAGGGGGUUGUAGACCUUGUACUUGGCCUUCCACCAUCGAACUUUCUUUAUCUGGUGAAGCUCUUGAAAACUACUCAGUAA